AUGUUUCUCGAUUGUUUCGAGUCAAUGGAAUCGACCGCUAGUGUCGAUUGUUCGUAUCAGUCACUCUCACUCACCGAGUCUCGCUCGCUCGCCGCUCGGUCACCGAGAUCAGUCGAUUGCAUACAUCGCGCCGAGGUGCAUACAUGUGGUCAUCUGAUAGUAACAGAGCCCAUAGCGGUGACUGCACAGUAUGUAAACGAAUUUCAAAUUCGUUUUGGAGUUUUAUCUACCGAAGAAGUGCAAACUGAUCAUUCUGCUGUUAAUAUCGCACAAGCUGUUUUAAAUAUUUUAGCAAAAUGGAAUAUUACCAACAAGAUAGUUACAGUGGUGACUGAUAACGCUGCAAAUAAAAAAAUCACCGAACAUCUUCAUAAGUAUCAUCGUCCAUGUGUCACUCACACGCGCAAUUUGUCGGUUCAACAUAGUAUCAAAGAAAAUCCAUUUCUGGAAACUUUGCUUUCAAAGAGCCGAUCGCUAGUCACGUACUUCAAACAAAGUAAUUUAGCAGCAUAUAAAUUGAGGGAAAUACAGCAUCAGAUGGCACUUCAGGAAUUAAAGCUCAAGCAAGAUAUACUCACCAGAUGGAACUCUGCAGUGAUUAUGAUGGAAAGGUUAUCACAAAUGAAACUACCACUGUCAGCAGCCCUUUCAUCAUUGCCAAAUGCUCCGAAGAAAUCUAGAUCAGAUUGGGAAGCAAUUGACGACUGCGUUCAAUUUUUUAAAUUAAUCUUAUUUAUGACUAAGCGACAACAUGUCUUUUAUUGGUAUACCGGGACCAAACCGACACAUGGCAACCCUGCCAUAGGCUUUUGCUACCGCGGGGAUAUAGUCGUGUCGAAAUACGAGAUCUUUGCUCACCCCAGAGAGAGUAAGAGUGAUAGUGAGACGGAUAGUUUUAGUUCAACAGAAGAGAGUUAUAUUGCUAAGAUGGAGAAGUUCGACUUACGUACCGCUACAUCUCUUUUACCAGAAUUGACGGGAGAAGAGAUGGUAACCAAAAAAUUGAUCGAUGGUAUCGACCUUUAUAGCUCAAUGAUCGACCAGGAAAGCCAGAAAAAAAUAAUCAACUUUAUAUUAAAAACAAGAUGUACUGAGAACGCCAAAACGCGUCUCGCCAACACUUACGAAUCUUGUAAUUUACUAUUGAUAGAUAUGAAAAAACAUCUUUUAACGAAAAAAUCUUCUACAGCUAUACAUUCGGAAAUAAUGAAAGCACAUCGAGGAACUCUUUCGUUAGAGCGUUAUGGUCAAAUUAUAGAAUCUUUAAUGGUGAAUUUAACUGUUGCACAGGCGGAUGACAAGCCGGAGUCGUACGGUGUAUUACAACCGGUUUACGAAAAAAUCGCGAUACAACGGUUUGUUACCGGCCUACGGAACAAGAGUUUAACUACUAUUUUAGCUGCCAGAAAUGACAAUAAACUUAAAGACGUCAUCCGAGCGGCGAAGGUAGAGGAGGUGACCGUUCUUGCUACAGAUUUGCAAGAAAACAUGUUUAUUGCUAAAAGGCGUACAGUUUUUAAUAAUUCCCACACCUGGCUGAUAGAUACCGGAGCUUCUGUUAGCGCGGUGAAAUACGAGAUAGCUGAACGAUGGACUAUUCCCAUACGUAAUGAGACUAUCCAACAUUUUUGGAAUCCAUGGAGUACGGAAUAUGUAGUUGAAGACACGCACGAAAUGGCGUCAAAGAAUGCCGAAAGUACUAGGAGAAGACAUGGUUAUUCUCAAGGAGGACAAUCAACCCCUAUGAAAUGGCGGAUUGGAAGAGUUCACGCUCUCUACCCAGGCAGCGAUGGGAUAACUCGAGUAGUGGACGUCCGCACCAGUGCAGGAGUUAUAGGACGAGCACUGUCCCGUCUCUGCCUGCUACCAAUUCAAGAGUUGAAGAAAGAUUCUUGA